AUGGGUCCUCGUGGUGCUGGUCGGCGUCUGAAUGACCAGGAGCGUAUGGAAAUUCUUGAAAUCAUUCAACGUGAAGCAAAAGUAAAAAAUGUAGAUUUGGCCAAACGUUAUGGUGUGUCAGAAGGUGCUAUCCGUAAGCUAAAGCAGAUGAAAGACACGGUCCGUAAUCGGUAUUUCAUGGGCAAUGAGCACAAUCGUGACAAGCGCAAACGUGGAGGUUUUAAACGUAAUGCGCCAUUUGAAGAAGAACUGUAUCAAUGGAUUGUACGGAUGCGUGAUUCGCAACCGUAUCAGCUAAUGCCGCUUACGCAAACGGCCGUGCGUCAACAAGCCAUCGUGUUGGCCAAGAAUUAUGACAAGAUGGCGAACUUUAAGGCCUCUCCAGGCUGGUUUGCACGCUUUUGCUCACGUCACCAAUUGGAUCCAAUUGUUACAGCUGUAGACACUACUGCAGUCACUGCACUGGUGGCUCCAGAUAGCACAACUCUGGGUGCUGAUACGGGGGUGCCACAAACGAUGACAACCUCCGCUUCAGCGGAUGAGACGGUUUUCUUGAUGGAAACACUCACAUCAUCUCCUGUCACGACGUCAGAGAUUGUAAAUGAAGGAACUGGCUGCAAGAUGGAGACACCGUCGAUUAAUGAACAAGUACAGCAAGCUGCUCGUGAGCACAAUGAAGCAGCUUUGCGAGCUGCGGCGGUCAAGAUUGAUGAGGUGCAAGCGUCAGCGGCGAACGGGUCAGAGGAGAAGGAGGAGGCAAAGACUCAAUCUGAGUUAGACGAAGAGACAGAAGAAGAGCACGAGGAGGUCAAAACCCCUCUUGGUGAUGCGACGGCUAUGACGAUCGACGACGACGACGAGAUCUUUAGUCUUGGCCUUUAG